AUUGGUUAUCGUAUCCCCACGUAAACCUCCUCGCUUCUCCGUCUCUCCGACCUUCGUGUUCCAACGCACGAUCACAAACCGCCUCUUUAUACCAAAACUUUCUCUCCAAAUGAUUCAAACCAAAUGCUGAGAAAAGUCUCAAAAAUCAACGAAACCACCACACAACUUCCCACGCGAUGAGUUCGUGGAAGCAAUUGAGCAGGCUCGUCGACGGCCUAUCGCUCGUGGCGAAGGAGAUCUACCACCAGUCUCCUGAGCUGCAGAGAGCGAGAAACGGAGAUCUCGAAGCCUUGGGGAAAAAGGCUCUGGUCGCCGCCACGGACUUGGUCGGACUCACCUCCGGGAAGCUUCGCAACCUCUCUAACCGUCGAUCCAAGGAACCGUCCGUCGUAUUCUUCGACGACAAGGACGACGACGGAUCGAGCAAAGCCGAUGAUGUAUCGGUUCCUAUCACGCCCGAGGUUGUUGCAAAACCUACUAUUGUUGAUUCGAAGAUCGUGAGUAGUGAAUCUAUUGAGGAAGUUAGGGUUGUAGAUAGAGAUGGAGAGACUAAGGUUGGAGUUAGAGCUGAGGUAGCAUCAACUCCGUUGGAGGUAGCUACGGUGAAGAGAAGGAGGCAUAGAGAACGGAAGGUUCCAUCAACUCCUAUGGCUAGAGCUUAUGGGUUUUUCAAUCUUGGAGCUGGUCUUGCGUGGGGAGCUGUUAAGGAAUCAACCUACAGGCUUGUGAAUGGUACGCCACCCACACAAGGGAAUAAACCUGCGCUCUCUUCUAUACUGUCUGAGGAAAACGCAGAAAGAUUGGCUCUUGGGUUGUGUGAAAUGCGUGGAGCUGCACUUAAAGUAGGCCAAAUGUUGAGUAUACAGGACGAGUCACUUGUUCCUGCCCCGAUCUUGAAUGCUCUGGAACUUGUGCGUCAAGGUGCAGAUGUGAUGCCAAGGAGCCAACUUAAUCCAGUUUUGGAUGCUGAGUUAGGUCCUAACUGGCAAUCCAAGUUGGCUAGCUUUGAUUACGAACCGCUAGCAGCAGCCAGUAUUGGUCAGGUGCACCGAGCUGUUACUAAAGAUGGAUUAGAAGUAGCAAUGAAGAUUCAGUACCCUGGAGUUGCCAACAGCAUUGAAAGUGAUAUCGAAAACGUCAGACGCUUAUUAAACUACACAAAUCUAAUUCCAAAGGGACUCUUUCUCGACAGAGCUGUAAAGGUUGCUAAAGAAGAGUUGGCACGAGAGUGUGACUACGAGAUUGAAGCAGUCAGUCAAAAACACUUUCGUGAUUUGCUUUCAGACACUCCAGGGUUCUACGUUCCUCGUGUAAUAGACGAGCUUUCAAGCAAAAAAAUCCUAACCACAGAACUUAUCUCUGGAGUCCCCAUUGAUAAAGUAGCCUCGUUAGAUCAAGAAACACGAGACUAUGUCGGGAGGAAGAUGCUUGAACUCACGUUGAAAGAACUCUUUGUCUUCCGCUUCAUGCAGACAGAUCCUAACUGGGGAAACUUCUUAUACGACGAACCCACGAAAACAAUCAAUCUUAUCGACUUCGGAGCAGCUCGUGAUUACCCCAAGAAGUUCGUCGAUGACUAUCUACGAAUGGUGAUGGCUUGUGCUAAUAAAGACAGUAAAGGAGUGAUUGAGAUGUCGAGGAGACUCGGGUUCUUAACCGGAGAUGAACCAGACGUGAUGUUAGACGCCCAUGUCCAAGCUGGUUUCAUUGUUGGUCUACCUUUUGCAGAACCUGGUGGCUACGCUUUCAGAACCAACAACAUUACUUCGAGCGUCUCAAAUUUAGGAGCAACCAUGUUGAAACAUAGACUCACACCACCGCCUGAUGAGGCUUAUAGUCUUCACCGUAAAUUAUCAGGGGCUUUCUUGGCUUGUAUCAAGCUUGGAGCCACCGUUCGUUGCCGUGAUCUCUUGCUUCAAGUUUACGAGAAGUAUCAGUUCGAUGAUGAGCCACAAGUGAUGGCUUCAAGUUCAGUUUCUUCGUAAAACUCUCAUACACAAACUAUAUUAGCUUAUAUUAUUUUCUUCUCCCAUUAUGGGAGUAGAAACGAUUCUUGUUUUGGUACACAAGUGAGUUUAAUUUUAGAAUAAAUUCGUAAUAUUUUUCACUAAUGUUGAAAUAUUACAAUAUGCUGGAAAAAUCAAUCAACAAAGUUUAGUAGUUUCA